AUGGAACCAGUUCGCCAAAAUGUUACCGUUUAUGACCAAGAAGUGGAAAGAGAAAUACAAAUUGAUGAAGAAGAACAACAAGAAGAGGAACCAACGACCCCUAUUGGGAUACAUAUAUCUCGACAGUCAUCAACAAGAUCACAUGAAGAACAACAACAACAAAGACAAGCUCGUGGUAAACGAGUCAAUUUCCAAACUAUCGAUGAAGAUGAACCAGUAAGACAACCUUUUCCUGCAAUGCCACCUCCUAGUGGUAGAGCUGUUUUACAUGUGUGGUCGUAUUUCACAAAAGAACCAACCGAGAAUCCAGAUAUUUUCUUAUGCACUUGUCAAAUUUGUGAAAGUCAAGGAGUAAAGCCCUUAGUUGCAUACAAUUUCGGCAUACGAGCGUUACGCUAG